GCUCUUUUGACAUACAUGUUCAUUAGUUUUAUAACAUCUUUUCUCAUUAUUUCUCAGGACCCCAGAAGCAAGCACAAGUUCAAGAUCCACACAUAUGGCAGCCCAACCUUCUGUGACCACUGUGGAUCUCUGUUAUACGGGCUCAUCCACCAAGGGAUGAAAUGUGACACCUGCGACAUGAACGUGCACAAGCAAUGUGUGGUCAACGUGCCCAGCCUGUGCGGGACGGACCACACGGAGCGCCGUGGGCGUGUUUUCCUCAAGAUCGAGGUCAGCGGGGACAAGCUACACAUUACAGUGGGUGAAGCCAGGAACUUGAUUCCAAUGGAUCCCAAUGGUUUAUCGGACCCAUACGUCAAACUCAAACUCAUCCCAGAUCCAAAGAAUGAAACCAAACAGAAGACCCGGACUAUUCGUUCUUCCCUUAACCCAUGCUGGAAUGAGUCUUUCACUUUUAAGCUGAAACCAUCAGAUAAGGACAGACGUUUAUCCAUUGAGGUGUGGGACUGGGACAGAACGACCAGGAACGACUUCAUGGGCUCCAUGUCCUUUGGUGUCUCUGAGCUAAUUAAAGCUCCACACUGUGGAUGGUUCAAGUUACUCAAUCAAGAGGAGGGAGAGUACUACAAUGUCCCCAUUCCUGAGGUGGACGAUGUCAACCUGGAGCUCCGACAGAAGUUUGAGGCCUGCCAGUUAAACAUCCACUAUCUCAAGAAAGCCAAAUUGGGUCAUGGGAAAAAAGUGAUCACCCCGUCAGAUCACCGGCGGUUCAGCUUUCCGUCGGGGAACAUGGACCGCGUACGACUCAGUGACUUCAACUUCCUGGCCCUGCUGGGGAAGGGCAGCUUUGGCAAGGUAAUGCUGGCAGAGAUGAAGUCCACAGAGGAGCUGUAUGCCAUCAAGAUCCUGAAGAAAGACGUUGUGAUCCAGGAUGACGACGUGGAAUGUACGAUGGUGGAGAAACGGGUCCUGGCUCUGAGAGACAAACCGCCCUUCCUCACCCAGCUGCACUCCUGCUUCCAGACGGUGGACCGACUUUACUUUGUGAUGGAGUACAUUAACGGAGGAGACCUCAUGUAUCAUAUCCAGCGUAUGGGCAGGUUUAAGGAGCCACAAGCAGUUUUUUAUGCAGCAGAGAUAGCCGUUGGCCUGUUUUUUCUGCACAGAAAAGGAAUCAUCUACAGGGACCUGAAGCUGGACAAUGUGAUGCUGGACUCUGAGGGCCACAUCAAGAUAGCUGACUUUGGCAUGUGCAAGGAGAGCAUGUAUGAGGGGAUGACCACACGCACUUUCUGCGGCACUCCAGAUUACAUCGCCCCCGAGAUUAUAGCAUACCAACCUUAUGGAAAGUCGGUGGACUGGUGGGCUUAUGGAGUUCUACUGUAUGAGAUGUUGGCAGGACAGCCUCCGUUCGACGGAGAAGAUGAAGAUGAGCUCUUCCAGUCCAUCAUGGAGCACAACGUCUCCUACCCAAAGUCCAUGUCCAAAGAAGCUGUUUCCAUCUGCAAAGGCCUAAUGACCAAACAUCCAUCAAAGCGUCUCGGCUGUGGCCCAGAAGGUGAGAGGGACAUCAGAGAGCAGGCCUUCUUCAGACGCAUCGACUGGGAGCGGCUGGCCAACAGGGAGAUCCAGCCGCCUUUUAAACCUAAAGUGUGUGGCAAAGCAGCAGAGAACUUCGACAAGUUUUUCACACGCACCCAGCCCGUGCUGACCCCUCCAGACCAGCUGGUGAUCUCCAACAUCGACCAGAGCGAGUUUGCCGGAUUCUCUUACAUCAACCCUCAGUUCAUCCAUCCCUCCCUGCACAGCGUGGUAUGAGGAAGGAGUGGCGAGCGGAAGAGAAAAAGAAAAAUGACUGGGCACAGCAUCCUUCCAAUCCAGACAUCCUGCUGUCAGCAGCCCCGUGUAAUCCUCUAGUGUUGCGUUUAUUAACUAUCAAUACAUGUGCACACAGACGACAGAGGAGGGAGGCGCAGAAUGUUAUGAAUGUUGCAGCACGUACAAUCUGAGGAGAGACGCACAUGGCACUGAUAUUUUAGCAUCUUGAACCUUUUUUGUUUUUUUUGUUCCAUCUUUCCAAACCUGCAGCCUUUAUCUUGUGAAUGAAUGUGUCUCAGUAUCAGUCUGUCGGUGUUUAGGAUCUGGUUUCCCUCACAUCCCACUCAUCUUAUGCACGACGAGAACAUAUUUCCCUGCUCUGCUCUGGCUUUAUCUACUUCUGGACUGCUACUCAUAUAUUCUAUUUCUAUACAAAAGAACAGAGGUAGUACACGGUUACAUCAGUGCCAAAGUAGAGGUGGAACGAUUCAUUCCUUUUGCAAAUCCUUGUGAUGUUUUUCUUCCCCCUGGCAUUUCGCUGUGGUGUCUGCACACUAAACCCCGCCCCCCUAGGCCGGGGCAGUUUUGUUGUUUUGUAGUACAGAAGCAGGGGCUAAUUAUGUCAGCUCUCCAAGCUGCGCUGGUCUUCGGUGUGCAGCAGAUGUUGCCUGCAGUGUAGGGUCAGAAAACUCUGUUUUCUUAUAUAUGAAGAUGCUAUUUCCAUAUGCACAAAGCAGAUCUCUGUUGCAUGCUUAUCUUCUGACUCUGUAUGAGCCGUAGGGUUUAGGAUGCAGUACACGUCUGGUAUCAACGUAACGUUUAGUAUUACGAUUAAAAACUUUGUUAGCAUAUAUCUGUCAAAUUACCGAGAAAGAAUUUUGGAUCCGAAGAGGUUUUUCUUCUUGUUUAAUGUUCUGUUGAGCUUGACCAGAGAUGUCUAACUAUUGUCAACUUUUAGUGUUUUUGUAUAUAUGUUUCAAAAACAGAAGCUCCUUGGAGAUUUUAUACAAUGAACUGAAUGUGCUUUUACUACCAUAGACGGUUUAAAGAUUUCUAUGUUUAGAUUAGCCCUAAAGAUAAAUCUAUAACGUACGCAGAAUCUUUGGUAGCUUUGGUAUCAGCAGACCCUGUUGUACUGUAUGUUCAUCGACUAUUUAUCCAUUCUUUUAUACUACUGAGUGUCAUAUAGAGAAUAUGCAGCACUAAUUGUGUGCAGAAGAGUUUAACGCCCUCUUGCCUUGGUUGAAUCAGGGCUGGCUCCUCCUGAGUUCCAGCUCUGUGGCUGAAACAUGUCUUUCUUAACAAAUCGUGUGCAUGCGUUACACAAGGCCUGAUCUAAGCAUGAGAAGGAACCCUGCAUGAUAACAGAGACCCCUGCUGUGGAGCAUGGAGUCCCCCACCAGAGCAAGAUGACAAACCAGCAUAGUGUCGUUUCAGGCUCAUGUCUCAGUCGCCGUCACGUAGCCUGACCUGUUUGGCUUUGAGGCUGAUUUAUAAACUGAAACUGGCUUUUGUCGUAACAUUUCUGGUGCCAAACGCCAUUUUUAUCUGUUUUGGAGUCUCCACUGUCUUUUUAUUUUAUUUUAUUUUAUUAUUUUUUUUCUCCCCUUUAGAUUUAUCAUCGUUAAAAACAGACCUCACAGUUUUGGAACAAAGUGAGAUCUCAGAUAAAACUGAAUGUUUACAUGUCUCACAUUGAGAAUCCAAAUAAGGGGGGGAGAAGAGAAAACAUCAAACCCAUGAAAGGAAAAAUAAAAAAAUCUAAUGUCAGGCCAGUGAGGGUACAGAACCACUACAGGCUGCAAUUAGAACCACAUGGUUGUUUUUAUGUUUCCCUGCUUUGUUGACCUGAUUCUUCUUGUUCCUCUGUUCAUUGUGGUAUGGCAGAUACAGUGUACAAAUAAAGUAUGAAAUAUAUAUAACAGA